GGCGCAUGCGCAGUGCUAGCAGCUUAGGUGGGAGCAGUCGGAUAGCAACGGAAAGCCCAGCAACAGAAACAACGGCACGGCGGAGAAAGGGCACAGCUCUCACCUCAAUCUUUUCUCUUAGGUGGUCAAACCCUGUCUGGUGGUCAAUCAUUAAACACCAACGUAAACUAAGCCCAGGAGGAUGGCGGUGAAUGUCUACUCCACUUCCAUGAAUGUGGACAACCUGAGCCGCCAUGACAUGCUGGCCUGGGUCAACGACUCCCUGCAGCUCACCUACACAAAGAUCGAGCAGCUCUGUUCAGGCGCCGCUUACUGCCAUUUCAUGGACAUGCUGUUUCCGGGCUGCAUAUUGUUGAAAAAGGUCAAGUUCAACGCCAAGCUGGAGCACGAGUACAUUCACAACUUUAAGGUUUUACAGGCUGCGUUCAAGAGGAUGAAUGUGGACAAGAUCAUUCCCGUGGAGAGGUUGGUGAAGGGGAAGUUUCAGGACAACUUUGAGUUCCUCCAGUGGUUCAAGAGGUUUUUCGAUGCCAACUACGACGGGAAAGAGUACGACCCGCUACUGAUGAGGCAGGGCCAGGAGGGAACGCCGCCACCGCCUAACCCAGGCCCCAUGAGAACGUCUCCCACAGCGCCGAAGACUGUCCCCGUCCCCCAGAGACAGAUCAACCCACCAGCCGCCCGCAGAAACAACCCAGUGACCCGCAAUGGGGGAGACGCAGAACUCAUAGAGCUAAACCAGCAGAUAAUGGACAUGAAGCUGACCAUCGACGGGCUGGAGAAGGAGAGAGACUUCUACUUCGGCAAACUGAGAGAUAUUGAGCUCAUCUGUCAGGAAAAUGAAAACGACAACAACCCGGUUCUCGGCAAAAUCAUCGACAUCCUGUACGCUACAGAGGAAGGAUUCGCGCCUCCAGAAGACGAAGAAAUCGAUGAAGGACGAGAUCAGCAGGAGUUCUGAAAUCUUCCCCUUUUUUUCCCGCCUCCAUCACCUGUCAUACUUUAAUCAGACCAUCAAGUCUUUUUUUGCCUGGUUUUAUCCCCAUAAGUUCAUUCUUAAACUCUCUGACUUCCUCCAUCUCAUUCACGGCUUCACAUGUCCAUGACGACUUUGUUGGACCGGCUUGCUUCCCCCAGACUUUGACUUGCAAAGGACGCUCACCCAGAUGCGUCUGGACCGGCCCGGCUCGGCUCGACUGACUAGCUCUAACCUGCUUCCAGAGGGCAGCCGCCCGGCACGGUGAGUCACGUUCAGAGUCACAACGGGAUUUUAAAGCUGGCCGCGCUUUCCAGGAGACAAGCCGCUUCCUUUGCACCGAGAGUUCAUACAUGAAACACUACCAAGUUUUACUAGCAAUGUGAUUGUUUUCUUUUCGAGCUGAGAUUAUCGAAAAAAGGCCUGCAAAAUGGAAAUAUUUUGAUUACAUGAUGACAAGUGAAAGAUUAGACAUAUCAGACUCUGAACAGCACACAUGUACAUGCUUCAAGCGACUCAUCGCCCUGAGGGAAAACAUCGGGUUCAUCAUGAAACUGCUCUGACGGCUCGUUAGGUGACCACCCCAUGGUGUAUUUAUGUUUCUAUUUAUUUAUCUUUGUUAAUCUGCUCUGUACAGUUUCUGAAAAAAACAAACAAUGGUUUGGAUUUGGGGAGAUUGAAGGUCUUGCACUAAAUGUAGCGAAACACGCCGAGCGACAUGAUCCAAAAUGCCAACAUGCAGUGACUGGCUGCUGCCAGAAAGACACAGGAAGAUGCAAUUUUAUAUUUUGUAGAUUUGUUCUAAAGGAGUAUGUUUUUUUUCUUCUUUUUUUAAUUUGCAUUGAAUUCCUCAGUGGCCAAGUCAAAGGCGUCUUUUUAUUUAUCAAACAAAUAUCAGGCUAUAAAUCUAUGAAUGAACAAACACUGCAGACCAACACUACUAAAUACUAAUGUUUGACUGUGUUUAUUUAGUUAAACAUGUUAGCUGCUACCAUUAUUCCUCUGUUGCCGCAUUUGAGUUUUCACAUGUUGCAAAGCGUCGAAACGCCAACAUGGCUGUCGAGGACAGCAGAGGUUUGGUUUGUUGUGAUGAAUAACCAGGUUGAGCAGCCGGAGAGGAGAGCCUCUCACCACGGCGGCCGGGUGACCAACCUGCAUCAUUUGGAUUUACUGCUGGAAUGAAAUAAAGCUCUGAGGUUUCAAGAAAA